ACCGUCUGUUUCAUUGCAACAACCAUUCCAUACCCUUCCACCCACAACACACGUCCAUACGUCCAUUACUUCACUCUCUCAUCAAUCUCAGUCCACUUCACAGACUCCCACAGACCACACUCUCACCAAUCUCACAACAAUUCCAAUCUCUUGCUCCACCACCCUCACUUCCAGCCCCCACCAAGACAGCACAUCGAACUCAAUCACCCCCAGUACCUCAAAGCAACCACCACACCCAUCACCAUGGUCCGAGGCAACGCAACGCAGAUCAAAGUCCACCACCAAGGCAAGGACGAGGACUUCAUCAUCUUCGUCGACUCCAAAGAGGCGGUGCAGAACUGGAAGAAGGACCGCAGCAUCCCCCUGGCACAAGUGGUGUCGGGCUUCAAGAUCCUCACCAGCCACAAACAAGGCAAUCAGGGCAUCCUCGAUACCGCGUCCAAGGCGGCGCUGGAGGAUGAGUUCGGUACGCACAGGGACGAUGAUGUGAUCACCAAGAUCUUGGAGACUGGCACAAUUGUUGAGUCUGAGUCGGGUGGCCGCGACGGCAGCAAGAACGACUCCAAGGGCGGCCUUGUCUCCCACUAGAAGUGGACUGUGAAGAGAAGACGGGGAAAAGCAUGUCUGGGGAAUAUCAGGGUAGUCAAGUUGAGGAGGAAACAACGAUACGAUGUUCGCUGGGUUCCGGAGGGGGCGUAAGCCGGUCUACUACAGGCUGGCGGCAGAUGGCGUAGGACAGGCGUGAACGAAGGAGCAGUCUCAAUUGAAGAACAUCCACCAUCGAAGCAAUGCCAGUAAGCAAACGUGAUCACCGUCCUACUAAAAAGUCAUGUGACCUUCAGACAUCA